AGAAAAUAAAAUUAUGCAUUAUCGAUCUCAAAAUGAAUAUUUCAAAUUCUUUGAUUUAAAGACUUAAUUAUCUCCUAGAUAAUAAUAAAUACAUACACUUCCAUCCACUAAUCGAAAGAUACAAAAUUAUUCUUUAACUAACAGAUCAUAAUAAAAAGACAAAAAAGUUAUAUAUGAAAUUGAAGGCAAUUCUAAAAUUGAUCGUUAGACUUAUAAUCAUUUUCUCAACUAUAAAAAUAGGAGACCCACUCGAAAUCUUUAAAAAAAUACCCUUUUUCAACAUGGUAUCUUAAAACAAUCAUCUAAACCAUUAGAAAGAUUACAUUCUCAAUCAUAUAGAUAGAAUUAAAGCUAAAAUAAGAAUCAAAGUUAAAGAGAUAUUCUCUUGAAUACUAAAUUUUUUCUCUCCCCAAGACAUUUACACAAAAAAAUAAAAUAAGAAACAUUUCAUUAAAAUAUAUUAAAUGAAAAACCUAUUGAUAUACCUACAAAAGAAAAGAUUCUAUAUCUUUAAAAUAGUCAAACUGAUAUCAUGCCUUUAUUAAAUCACAAUAUUUGCUAAAACCCUAAAUUAGGAAUCAAAAAUAAAUAUAAAAUAAUUUCAUAUGCUAAAAAAGAUGAUCCUCAAUUUAUCUAGUAUAAAAAAGAUAAUGAAAAUAUUGAUGAUGAUAAUUCUGAAUGGAAUUUAGUGCUAUUUAGAUCAAAAAAAGAAUUAUGA